GAAUCAGACUAGAAUAAUCGCUGUGACAAAUUAUUAUUGAUUGAUUGAUUGAUUAAACCUUUGUUAAUCCCACAGCUUGGGAAAUUACCAUUGUACAGCAGCAAUAGCAAUAAUAGCAAUUAUUUAGUGUUCUGUAGCUGUUUAACCACCAGGCAUUUACUUUUCCUUUUUUUACCCAGUCAAGUGGACAGACCCUUCACAUUUGACCCAGUUCUCGUUAAAAUAAUAAUUUCUCUGUAACCUUGUAAAAUUGCCUUAUAGACCACCUAUAAAUAUACUAGUGCUGCCACUAAUUAUUAAUUUUAUUGCUGAUUAAUGUGUCCAUCAUUUAAUUGAUUGUUCGAUUAGUUGUGUCUUGUUUUGUCCACAGCCUGAAGAUAUUCUGUUUACUGUCAAGGGAUUUAAAAACUCUGAAAAUAUUCACUUUUAAAAAUCUGGAAGCACAUAAUAUAGUCUUUUUUUUCCCUUGAAGAUUCUUCUGCUGCUUGCUUGAGACUAAAAUAAUGUUACAGGACAGAUUCAGACCAGAAUCAUUGCUGUGACAAACCCAAUCCCCAGGGAGCAUUAGCAAGCAAAUGGACAGUUUAUUCACACUUGACUCAGUGUCUGUAGUAAUAAUAAUAAUGAUAAUAAUAGUAAUUAAACAGUACCCUUUUCCAAAAUUGCAGCAUUGACUGCAAAUAUACCAGGGCAACAAACUAUUAUUUUCUGCCAGUCAUUUUCUCGACUAAUGGGUUAGUGGUUUGGUCUCUAAAAAUGGUCAAAAAUGUACAUCAGUGUUUCACCAAAGUUCAAAAUGACGUCCUGGAAUCUCUUUUUUUGUCCCCAACCCAAACAUUUUCAAUUUAAUGUCAUACUAACUGGAAUCAGAAAAUAUACUCAGUUUUUGUUUAAUAAAAUACUAACAAGCUGCUUGGGUAAGACUGAAAGGAUAGUAUGAGUAGAAUUGGAGUAGUAUAAUUGCUGUGACAAAUUAUUAUUGGUUAUUCUGUAACUGUUCACCCAGGAGGCAUUUGCUUUUCCUUUUUUAAAACCCACUUCCCAGUGACCACCAAUUACAGGCAUGUAGACAGUUUAUUCAUAAUUGACCCAUUUAAAAUGUGUGCUGUGUGUUCGUCAACAUCUAUGAUAGUGCCUAUGAAGAUAGUAUUAAUUUUAUUGUAACCUUUUCAGAAAUUGCAGCAUAUGUCCACAACCUAAAUAUAUUCAGUUUAUUAUCAUAGAGGAAGAAAGAAACCAAAAAAUACUCAUAUUUACAAAGCUGGAAUUGGAGAAUUUAGAUGUUUUUUCUUUAAAAAUGUUCAGACCAAUUCAUCAUCGGCAAAUAAUUCACACUUAACAUAAUCGUUGAAAACCAACUUUUCAUUUGCUUAAUUGUUGUAGCUCUAAUGCUAGCCAGGGCUAUGUGACAUUAGAAACCUCGACAUUACUAUAUUUAAUUUUUCUGUGAUAUGGGAAAAAUUCAGUAAUUUACCCAGAUUGACUUAAAUGUGUUGCUGAUUUAACUGGUACUCACGCUAGUUGUGUAGUGGAUACAUUUGGAAGACACUGCUGACAAAAUACCUUUCUGUAGCUGAAAUAGUUCCAUACGCUGAGGAUGUGUUUCUUUUUGUAUUCAAAUCUUCCUUUUAUUAUCUUCUAAAAAUGCUCAUACCAAUCAAUUGACUGCCUAUUUAUUGUCAAUUCAUCAAAUAGUGGACAACUAAUUGAUUAGCUUUCAUAUCUGCCUUACAUAAAAGCAGACACAAAGAUUCAACAGUCCUUGGAGACUGAUGUCAACUGGAAUUUGAUGAAUAAAAUUGAUAACCAUACUCCUACAAAAUGCAUUUGUUUACAGCACUAAUAUGAUUUGAGUUGAAAAUGUCACUUUGCAUGAGUAUCCAUCCAUCCAUUCAUUUUCUUCCGCUUAUUCGGGGCCGGGUUGCGGAGGCAGCAGGCGAAGCAGGUCGUUCCAGACGUCCCUCCCCCCAGCAACGCUUUCCAGCUCUUCCUGGGAGAGCCCGAGGCGUUCCCAGGCCAGACGAGAUAUAUAAUCCCUCCAGCGAGUUCUGGGUCUGCCCCGGGGUCUCCUCCCAGACGGACGUGCUCGGAAAACCUCCAAAGGAAGUCUCCCUGGAAGCAUUGAAUCAGAUGGCCAAACCACCUCAACUGGCUCCUUUCGAUGCGAAGGAGCAGCGGCUCUACUCCAAGCUCCCUCCGGAUGUCUGAGCUCCUCGCCCUAUCUCUAAGGCUGAGCCCAGCCACCCUUCGGAGGAAGCUCAUUUCGGCUGCUUGUAUCCGCUAUCUUGUUAUUUCGGUCACUACCCAAAGCUCAUGACCAUAGGUGAGGGUUGGCGCGUAGAUGGACUGGUAAAUUGAGAGCUUCGCUUUAUGGCUCAGCUCCCUCUUCACGACGACGGUUCGGUACAACGCCCACAUUACUGCUGACGCUGCACCAAUCCGCCUGUCCAUCUCUCGCUCCAUUUUCCCAUCACUUGUGAACAAGAUCCCGAGAUACUUAAACUUCUUCGCUUGGGGAAGCAACCCCCCUCCCCCCCCCAACCCGGAGGGAGCAAUCCACCGGUUUCCGGCAGAGAACCAUGGCCUCGGACUUGGAAAUGCUGAUCUGCAUCUCUGCCGCUUCACACUUGGCUGCAAACCGCUCCAGUGGAUGCUGGAGGUCACGGUCUGAGGACGCCAACAAAACCACAUCAUCCGCAAAACGCAGAGAUGCAAUCCUGAGGGUCCCAAACCGAAAACCCUCCCCACCACGACUGCGCCUCGAAAUCUUGUCCAUGAAAACCACAAACAGGAUUGGAGACAAGGGGCAGCCCUGACGGAGUCCAACACCCACUAGAAAUGUGUCUGACUUAGUGCCGAGUAUGCGGACACAGCUCUCACUUUGGUCGUACAGGGACUUUGAAUGAGUAAAAAAACAUCAAUGACAGAAUGGUUUUAGCUAAAACUGUGAUUUUUUUUAAUCUUCAUGUAGGACAUUUCUGUGCAUCCUUAAACAGCAACAUAGGAAGCUUACAAGGAUUAUGUCAUUUUAAGCUCAGUAUGGACUCAUUUCUGGCAGUUGCAUGUCAGGAAAGACAGUCGGGGGAGGCUUUCGUCGACUUGUCUGUGCAUUAAAUACCAUGACCGUGUGUGUGUGUGUGUGUGUGUGUGUGUGUGUGUGUGUGUGUGUGUGUGUGUGUGUGUGUGUGUGUGUGUGUGAUGUGGAUGUAAACAUGCGUGCUUGGGCUUUUCUGCGUGCAGCUCUGCAGGGAGGGGUGAUGGCGGGUGCUGAGGUCACUGUGUCUUCAAGGGAACUGAUGGCGGUGAAGGAAGAGGAGGGGGAGUGCAGUGGCAACAACCAUAAGACUCAAGUAAUCCUGCACCUGCAGCCCAUUCUGCACGGGGUAAAUGAUGACACUGCUGACACUGGAACUACAGUCCUGGCCAUAGAGGCUCAUCAUGAUGACAGUAAAGCGGAAGGAGAGGAGGUUGAGUAUGGCUACCCCAUCACUUGUGGAGACAGCAGGGCGGUGCUGCUCUUCAAGAAGUUUGUGUGCCCUGGAAUCAACAUCCGAUGUGUCAAAUUCAAUGACCAGCUCAUCAGUCCGAAGCAGUUUGUGCACUUGGCAGGAAAAGCCACUCUGAAGGACUGGAAACGGGCCAUCAGACUGGGAGGGGUUAUGCUCAGGAAAAUGAUGGACUCCGGCCAGAUAGAUUUCUACCAGCACGACACUGUAUGCAGCAACACCUGCCGCAGCACUAAAUUUGAUGUGCUGAUCAACAGCACACGGCUUCCUCCAGGGACCUCAGUGCAGCCGAGCCUGUCGUGUCUGGCUCUUGACCCUGCUGGAGGACAGGUGCCUCCCUUGACAGGAGAUGCACACAAUGCAGCAGAUGUAGAGGAGCCUUUGGAGGAGAAGUUCAGUGCAACAACAGAGUGGAGCGCCGGUCCGCUGCGACUUCUGAAGCCCACAACAGCCAAUGGACAUUCUGCCAAGAGAAAGAGGGCUGACACGCCUGACGAAGUAUUGAGUCUGUGGAAGGGUGUGGCGGACUCUGGGCUGAUGGGAGAGGUCCUGUCUAGUCUCCAGACUGAAUUAUUAACCACUUUUAAAGGAGUGGAGCUUCGCAGUGAGCGAGCCAACCUGCAGGAAACAGAUGCCGUCAUCCUUAAUUCCUUGUGUGAGAUGUUUGGGCUUUUAGACUCAGUGAAGCAAACUCUGGACCUGAGGCGAAGCCGGAAUGAGGAGAAUAAAAUCCACAGCAGUGUUUAUGUGUUGGAUGAGAUCUUGGAGGAGCAGAGGAAGAAGAGUUGCGAUAAAAGCACAAUUUACAAAACGUCAUCAUUAAAACACCUUCGCCCUCAACGUCAAAGCCAGUCAAACAGCCAGAACUUGCUGUCUUCCGUCAAAACAAGCUCAGUGAUCCAGCCUCUCUCUGUUCCCGGCCUAUCUGCUGCAUCUUACGCUCAGCUCACAAUAAACCCUCAGCUAUUUACCCACUUUUCUGCUCUCACCGGCCAACAUCAUCGAGCCGGAGCCGGCAGGACGGACAGGGACGGCCACGGUGCCACGCUGGAGAGGGAGUACGAGAUCAGUGAGGCAGGAAACCAGGAGAAGGUUCACCGGCUGGGACAGACGGGCAGCGAGAAGAAAGACACCUCAGGGAUCCACAAAGAGCCUGGACAGAGAGAGACUGUGAAGUUUCGGGAAGACUCGGGAAUUAGAAGCGACGCGGCAGAGGAGACAGAAGGCUUGCAUGACAUUGAAAAGGUGAUUAUAGGGAGGAAGGCAUCAAAGAAACAUAAAAGUAAGUGAGCCAGACGACCCCAGAGGGAUUCGGCGGGACUAAUUGAGAGAAUGUGCCUGAGACUAAAAGGAGACGCACGGUGGGGAAACAAUUAAAAAAUAAUAUUACUUUGUCAAACUGUACUUUUCUCUCGUAUUCUCAGAGACUCUGAUCAGCUGCAACAUUAAAAUCACCUGCGUAGCGUGGUGUUCAACCAUGUUGUGCAGCCAAAACAAUGCUAACCCACGGACAGAUGAAGUCCACAGACAUCUGAGGGUGUCCUGUGGAAUCAGGCACCUAGAUGUGAUCCUUAAAGUGCUGGGAGGUGAGGUGGUGCCUCUGUGGACUGGACUUUAUUUUACAUCCAGCAGAUGCUCAACCAGUUUAAAAUCUGGUGAACAACUUGAGCUCUUUGUCAUGUUCCUCAGAGGAUUCUUGAAUGUGGCAAGGAGCAUUAUGCUGCUGAGAGUAGUAGAUUAGCAGCUCAUUUUCACUUGGCUCUGUUGAACUGGACAAUGGACACUGGGCCCAUCAACAAAAAGAGUUGAAAAAGUGCCAGAUCCUAAUAAUGCUCUCAUCAAUUGUAUCUCAGAGUCUAUAAUUUAGCAAGUGAAUCUGCCAACUGCAUCACCAGUGACAGUUGCACAAAGUAGGCAUUCUCUCCCUCAGUGUUUGGUUAGUUGGUAAGUGUCAAAGUAACAUCUACGUGAAUGUCAGGAUUCAAAGUUUCCCACAGCAUCACACUCUCUCUGCCCUCUUGUCCUUCACAAAAUUCAUCCUGUUGCCAUCUUUCCCCCAGGUACAUGACACACCUGGCUGUCCACAUGAUUGAAACGUGAUUCCUUAGAUUAGUAUUCCAUUGCUUUGUUCAAUUCCAAUGCUCACACGCCCUUUGUAGGCUCCUUUACCAGUGAACAGCGGGAUCAGCUAACUAAGCAACCCCAUAUACAGCACACCGCAGCACACUUUCUAUCUCAGCCAGCAUGAAGGUUUUGAGAAACUGGUGCUGCAGCAGCUUUUCUGUGAGAUUGGACCACACAGGGUGCCCAUGUUCCUCUCGCCAGUUUACCGCUUGUCCUUCGUUGAACCACAUUUGGUACCACUUUAUACUGUGAACACCCCACAAGGCUUGCCGGUUUGGAAACCCUGUCAUCUAACCACCACAAAAUGGCCCUUGUCUUUACGCUGGCCUUUUUUUCUAUUUUUCCUGCUUCCACCACAUCGGCUUCAAGAACUGACUCCCCCUUGCUGCCUAUAUCCUCUCAAUCAAGAGAUGCAGCGGUAACAUGAUAAUCAGUAGCUUUAAUGUUGUCGCUGAUCAGUGUAUACUAUAUGCAGGGGUUAGUGGAGCUGUGGUCGUCGUGGUUCGUGGAGUGGUGUAGCAGGCGCAGAUUUGCUCUUGCACUGAGGUUUUAAAUAACAAAAAGACCAUUUUAAACAAGGCUUUUCUAACAUUCUUCCAACUCAAAAGACAGUAGAGCUGAAAUGGCUGACUGCCAGAAAGUCAGACUGUGCUAAUUAUUUUUAAUCACUGAUUAAAUGUGCAACUAAUUUUGAAGCAAAAAUGCCAAAAAGUCCUGGUCCCAGCAUAUCAACUGUGAAUAGAUUCUGUUUUUUUAGACUGACCUUGACAUACAGUAUUUUACAAUAUGGAGAAGUCGCUUUGGGCUCUGGGGUAAUUGCACUAGGCAUUUAUUUUUUCUAUUUUGUGAUAUUUUAUAGACCAGAAACAUUUAAUCCAUCUAUCCAUUUUCUAUACACCGCUUAAUCUUCAUUAGGGUCAUGGUGGGCUGGAGUCUUUCCCAGUUGACUUAGGGCUACAUAUAGAGACAAACAAUCACACUCACGCUCACACCAACGAACAGUUUAGAGUUUCCAAUUAACCUCAGCAUGUUUUUGGAUUCUGGGAGGAAGCCGCAGUACCCAGAAAAAAACCCUUGCAUGCACAGGGAGAACAUGCCAACUCCAUGCAGAAAGAUCCCGGGAAUGCCGGUGAUCUUGUAGCUGCAAGGCAAAGUGCUAACCACCAAGCCACUGUGCAGCCCAGAAACAUUCAAUCGAGACAAUAAUUUGCAUUUCAGUUGAAAAUAACCACUAAAUGUAGCCUCAAGAGCUCUCUUUUGUUUUUGGACAUAGUAUUAGAACCCUGCGUAGUUGUGACACAACUGUUUAAAUGUUUUUAAAUUCCAGGAAUUAAGAUUACUGUAGCUAUAAUAUCUGAUUCCAUCUUAAAGUAUUUGAUGAAAAUAUUUUGUUUUGCCUAUAAGUAGGUGACAGUGUUUUCAAGAAUUCGUGAAUAUUUUUUCGUAAUAUUUGUAAUUUAAGAUACUUGUUUUGUGAGUUAAAUUUGUGUUUUGAAUUUGACAAGAUUUAGAUUUUGUGAUAUUUUUUUUUCCCACUCAGGCUUGUAUUUAGGCCUUUGACCUAAUGAUGCCUAAGAUCUAUGCACUAGACACUCACUGCCCAAAGAAUACAUUAUUCUCAAUGAAAACUAUUUUUCAAGUACUUACUGUGAUGGUGGCGUGCUGUUGCUUUAUACAGGGUACUGUGUACUAAUGUGUGCCGCAAAUACAGAAUCUUGUUUAUCUGCUUAUCGUCCCCUGGCUAUAGAAACAAAUAUAAAGGGGAACAAUAUGUUAUACACAUAAAAGUGUGGCUUAUAAAGGGCACUAAAGGUCCAAAAUGACCUUAUAAGAUAAAGAACACAUUUCAAAUAAAAGCUGUUAUGUUUGACAUUUUAAAAGAAUCAGUGUUUACACUUGUGUGCAGUAGAUAAUUUCAUUCUACAACUUAUUGAUUCUUUUUUUAUUUCAGGUUGUUGAUGAGAGUUGCAAAAUGCUGGUACAGUAAACAGUGGUACGUGCAUUAUCGCCUAAAUGUCAAAUGAUUCACAUUUCUGUCACUAGAGUAUUUCCUCUGAUAAACAAAAACAAAGCCAAAAAAAAACUUUUUCAAAGACUGUAUUGAAGGUACAGAAGCUGAAUGCAAAAGUGAAUACACUUCUGAUCACUGACAUACAUGCUAGACAGCCAAUGGCAACUGAAACAAACCUGAGGACAGAUGAUUUACAACCAGCCCAACUGCAUCAACAUUGUUAAAAAUUAGCUGUGAACACGAGAGCCUUCUCAGAUUUGGACCUAUGGAUUGUGUCAAUUGACAUUUCAUUCAUGCAUCAUGGCUCCACAUGGCAAAUAUUUACCAGAGGAAGUGAAAAGUCUGAGUGUGAGACUUCACGAAGAUAGAAAAGAAGAGAAGCAGAUCAGUGACCAAGUUAAAAUCUGUUGAAGUACAGUUGCAGCAGUGACAAGUUGGUAUCAAACGAGCCACAGUUCCACUAAUCACAGCCGUAGUGGUUGUCCUCCUAAAAUGACGCCACAGAAAAGGGCUGUUUAAGUGCUUUAGAUUUGAUACAAUAUCAAUGGAAAUAGGAGUUUCUGUUACAGCUCAAGCAGUGUGAGGGACACUUCCUACCAUCAGCCUCUAUGGACGGUUUGAAAAGAAAAUAUCCUUGAUUGCUAUUUGGAAAAAAAACCCUCCAAGAUAAUGCUUAAAAACAUGAAAAGAAGCCUAACGAAUAUUGGAAGCACAUUUUUUGUCCGAUUUAGGUCAAGAUCAGUUUGUUUGAAACGGUGCAGGACAACCACAAUGCAUGCAGAAUCCUUUCAGUGAAGCACAGAGGUAGGAGUGUGAUGAUAUUGAGGUACAUGAGGAGAUGACAUUUAUAUGAAUUCCUGUGGGCAUACUACAACACUGGCUGAUAAGAUGACUCCCAGUCUGCAGAUACUUGGCAGAAGAAGAAUAUUACAGCAUGAUAACCAUCCAAAACACACUGCCAAAAAUCACAAAAGAGUUCCUCAAAAGAAAAAUACAACCUGGCCAAGUAUGUCUCCUGACUUGAAUCCAAUAGAACACCGUUGGGGUAUUUCAAAUAGAAACCGAGACCAACACAGCUCCUCCAGCAAAGAGCAGCUGAGAAAAUGUCUCCGAAGAAUGGCAGAACAUCGCUCAAGAAAUCUGGUGUCAUGUAAAGGCAGAUGGAGUCUGUCAAUAAAAAUAAAGAUGGACACAUGAAAUAGUGGAAAAAAAGAAUAAGAUUUAAUUCCCAGUACUAAGUGUUGUUGCAUUAGGCUCCUACUUGGGGGAAUCAUUUGACAUUUAGGUGAUAUUGCACAAGAGUGUCCUGACUUUUCAAAAUACAGACAGGAGGAAGGCCCACUGUCGGCUGAUUUUGUUUGAAUUAUUUUUUUCUGAUAUUAAUGUAGGCUGUUUCAUUCUUCUCAUCACCUUUCUUAUGAGCCCCAUUGCAGUCCUUGUUACCUCAGUUACCUUCACAGAACAGAAGUUCAGCCCCAAAAAUCAGCCCUCGGAGGAGAAAACUGCAGCACUGUUGGGUCACCUUACAACUACGUUUGACUUCCAAUCCCUGAUAUCAAUCAUUUCCUAUUUGAUAGCCAGUGGAGAACAUCUUUUGUGAUACCACUGCUUGACGUGUUUGACCGAGCUUUAGAGUUUCAGCUCGACAGAUAAAAGUCUAGCAGUUUUCUUCCCUGUGUGAGUCCCAGUUUGUGUACUUUCUGAGCACUGCUGCUGCAUGCCGGGGCCGGCUGAUCGACAGUGAUGGUUUGCUUUUGACAACUUCUCUCAGAACUAUGAUGAUAUGUUAUUAUAAAUUCAUGCACAACGCCGUCUGUGCAGAUGUAGUUGUUUGCGAGGGGGCUGUGAGUGGCAGCUUGUAAAACAUCUGAUAAAAAUGGCUUUUACCAUG